AUGAGCCCGGAGCUCCCAACCGAAAUCAUAUUCUCCCAUAUACUCCCACGGCUACCACCAAAGGAUCUGAUGAUGCAGUGCAGGUGCGUAUGCAAGUCUUGGUCCUCCCUCAUCUGCAGCCCUUUCUUUGUUGCCGACUUUUGGAACGACAGAAACAGGAGCACCACUAACUUCCUUUUCCAAAAUGAAAACCGCUUUUUCUCCUCAAAAAUAGAGGAGAAGGAGCAACAAGGAGGAGGGAAUAAUAAUAAUAACAGGGUUCUAAUACCAACACCCGUCACCGAAUACCUGAGUCGAUGUGAAGCUCUUCAACAUUAUAGAUAUGAUGGAGUGCAAAGCGUCCAUGGCUUGGUUUGUGCAUCCUCUAGUUAUGGUGGCCCAGUUUUCAUACUCAACCCCACCACUCGAGAGUCCAUUCAACUUCCCCAUGUCAAGCACAAUGCAUUAGUUGUAUAUAACUUUGGCUUCAGUCCACUUACCAAUGAGUAUAAGGUUCUCCAGCUCAUCAACUUUCGAAAUUCAGGUUUUCAGUUCAACGCAUUCACGCUAGGUCAGGAUUCUUCGUGGAGACCAUUGCAGGUUGACCCUGCAGCAGGCAACGUUGACCUUCCAUUUAAAAUAUGGGCUGUUGCCAGAAGUCCCAACAGUGUGUGCAUCAAUGGGGCCAUACACUGGAUCGAUAAGAGCGAAAAAAACAUUGCGGUAUUUGACGUUGGAGAGGAGAGCUUCAGCGUGGUGCCACUCUCUGAAGAUUGUGCUCAAUACUUAGUUGACUAUGAUGCUAAUUUUCCAAGUAUAGUUGAGGUGGGAGGAUGUGUGGCUGUGUUUGUUGCGAAUCGGUGGGAACAUAACAAGAUAAUUUUAUGGAUUUUGAAAGACUACCAAAACCUUGUGUGGGUUAAGGAGACUAUUACUAUUAGUGAGAUACCCAAAAAACCAAAUCGCGGUGAAGUGUUGGGCACAAUCCACACAGGUGAGCUAGCCAUAAUGCUGGAAGUUGUCGACUCUCCACUCCAAUUACAUCUUUAUAAUAUGAAGAGCAAAAGAUAUAGAAUAUUUGAUUUUGUUUGGCCUGGGUUUAUGGCAAAUCCCCACGGAAGACCAUUGAUUCAAUUAGUUUAUAGUGAUAGCAUUGUCCCCUUAAAAUGAGAUGGAUAGAUAUUAUAUACAUUUGCUCACAGAAAAUCUGCUGCAUUACAAUUCACAUACCGGAAGAAAGUUUUGCAUAAAUUCUAUGCAAGUUUAUUAUCAUAUUUGAUUGUUAUAAUUUUUAUGAGAAUUGUUAUGAUUAAAUUUCUUUUUUUUUAAUUGUUCCGUCAACAGUAAUUUGCAGCCACUUAAGUCGGUUGUUCAACUUUUUUUUUUCUUUUGGGGUCAGGUUGUUCAACUUCUUGCUUUACCAUUCCUUUCCCAAAUAUUAUCACGAUCACUACUUUGGCUUUCCCUUUAGAUAAAACAAGAUAAAUGGUCACGGUUAAAAUAAUUAAUAUCUAAUUAAUAUCGCUUUAAUCAGUUUCUAUGAAUUUGACGGUUUAAAAGUUAAUACAUUUGGUUUAUUUUCUAUUGUCUUGUAUAAGAAUUUUAGUGAAAUCCGGUUUUUUUAUUAUCGUAUCAGAAAACAAUUUCAAAUCCGCUAAGCAUAAAAGGAUACUAAGUUACCCAAUUUAGAUAUGGUGGUUAAUUAGGAUUCCUUUUUUCUUUGAAUAAUGUUAUUCUUACCACAUCUCUAUAUCAUCUUAUGUGGCAGCUGAGGUGGACAGCCACAUCAAUUAAAAUUAUUUAAUAUUUUCUUUUUUUUUUAAUGA